GCGUUUGCUAGUCGUUGCGACCCAGGAUGGCGUUAUUCACCAUUCACGAAAAAAUGCUAUCGAUUCUUCGACCACGAAACAAUGUGGCCAUCAGCCGAAUUCUCCUGCCUUUUCCGUGGAUCCCAUUUGAUCUCGAUUCAUAACUAUCACGAUAAUCGUUUCGCUAUCGAACUGGCACGAGGCGCCGAGACCGUUUGGCUUGGUAACGCGCAGUUUGGUUCAUCGAAAGACUACGUUUGGAGCGAUCAUACCCCAUAUGACUACGAAUCAUGGCCAAAUAGUAGGUUUUCUACUCAUUUUACUCAAUAUUACUUGAAAUUCUCGCUUACUUUAAAGGAUUUCGCACUGUUGAUCUUCGAAAAAGCUUUUGGUCGACUCAAAUUGAGAAAAUGGAUUCAUCAAAUUCGUCGAUGUAUUUCUCAAAUUUCUGCAAAAUUUGCUGCAAUUUCAGACAAACGACCCGAUAAAGUGAAAACGAAACCGUGUACGAAAUUGAACACGACCACUGGUGAAUGGUUCCAGAGUUGCUGCAAAAAACAAGCCACGUAUAUUUGCGAGAAGGACGUCUCCCCACCUAACGCUCAUUAUGCGAACAGUGACGAAGUGAGCAAUUUAUCGCUAAUUUCCAUCCGUCUGAAUUCUUUUCUCAGUCUAAUUCUUUUCUCAAAAAAUCGGAUAACUGGGAUUAUUCAAUCCCAGUUAUCAGAUUUUCUUUUCAACUUCAUCAUCGGUCAAUGA